AUGACAGCGAUGCCGGAACUGGUGGGAAGCCUCUCGCGCGGUACCGUGGCCUUCAACUAUGAAGGAAUGGUGAACUUGCUCGAGACGCUGCGUCAAAGGGAAGAAGUGGACCUCGCUGCUCCUACCACGACUCCAGCCCACCUGCCGCUCAUCAGGAAUCCGACGGAGCCCGUACUGUUUGCUUGGAACAGCAACUACAUCUGGGACCCAAAGAUGCGAUCUGAGGGCAUGAGAAGCUCCGAGUGGUGGGUAGCGAAGCUUGGGCCAUGGCUGUUGCGGGAUGACUGGAAGCUGGCCUUCCAGAAACAGAUCCCCGGCAGCAGGAUCGCUGAGGUAGCGGCGAACUGGUGCCGUGAGGUCGUCAGGUGGGCCUCUUCCCUAAAAUUGGAGACUGCAGAGGCACAGGCAAGGAGCAGGUUCGGUCAGCGCCUCCAUGCGACUAUUCUGCAAGAGCUCCGGGCCCGGAGAGUCACAUUUCCGCGACCGUUUCCAGAUUUGCCAUACCCUUCUAGCGCAGGCACAACCGAGACCUCUACGCUCGUACGCAGAGAGCAGAGAGCUGCCGCUCUGCAGGUCUUUCCGGACUUUGCGCGAGCUGUCCUCUCUCGCGAUGCCGACGAUGCAAUUGUCGCCGGGAAAUACUCCAAAUUUCAAAGCGCGAAGUUCAUCGCAGCUGUACUGCAUCAAGCGGAUGAUACUUCCGUUUGCGGCUACUACGCAAUGUACACCACGUUCUGCAAAGAGGACCUUGCGGAAAUGCUAGUUCGAGCUGCACGACUCCCGGUCAGAUUUGUAUGGCAGAUAGCCGCUGCUAAGGUCUUGACAGACGCCCAAAGACGCCGGCUGGGCGCGGCCGUGGAAGAGCUCUCUGCAGCAGCCCGGAGGACUCUGCUUGAUGAAGACGGUCUCUCAAUCUACAGCAUCAAGACGCCAGCUGCUAGGACCCAUGACAUUCGACUUCAAGACUGGGCGAGCUAA